AUGAGCUCGUUACAAAGAUCGAUCCAUAAAACACACAAAAAAGAAAGGCCAGAAUUCCUAAAAACCUAUAAGGCAUACUCUGCCUCGUUUAAAGAAUUGGAAGAAAAACAUAAAGAAAAGAAAAGAAAAUCUGAAAAGAAAGUGAAAUGCCAAUUGAUGAUUGUAGAUGAAAACGGUAACAAACGUCCAACAACUAUAUCUGAGCUAGCAUCAUUUGAAGAAGAUUAUCCUGAUACACUCUGUUGUAAUAUUUAAAAAAAAAUUAUUUAUUCUGAUUGUAAAAAAAUUAUUUUUUUAAUUUUUAAGAUAGUGUAUAUCUAGAUAUUGAAGAGACCCUGAAGCUUCGUCAGAGUUAGAUACUUAUGAUCAAGAUGUAUUAGAUGGCUUAAAGCCUUGGGAAAAGCCAGGAAGAAAGCUUUUAAAUGCACUUUGGAGGCAUAAGCAUGCUUGGAUUUUCUACGAGCCUGUUGACUGUGUUAAGCUGAGAAUCCCAGACUACUACGAUGUAAUCAAGCAUCCUAUGGACUUCGGGACAAUCAAGAAAAAACUCAACAAUAAUGUAUCUCUUUAUAUAUAAAUAAUAUUAUUUUUGCCAAAAAAGCAUUUAAUUUUUUUAUUAUAAUAAUUAAGUAUAUAUGAAUCAGGUGAGGAGUUAAUUGCAGACCUCGACUUGGUAUUCGAAAACUGCCGGAUUUACAACCAGCCUGAUUCAGAUGUCUUUUUAAUGUGCACUCAAGUUGAAAACGUGUAUAAGCAUCAAUUGAAGAUUUUAGGGUUGGAUAAGCUUUAUCUUAAAUAA